GCGGCUCUUUUUGCUGGUGCCUGGUGCGGCUGCCAUCAGCUCCACGGACUGCUGGGUGGGCGGGUGGACCCCCGAGAUCUGCUGCAGCGCCCCGGGCGCCAAGGGCAACCCGCUGUGCUGGGACUCGGUCUUCACCUACGACAGAUGCUGCACAGAGACUGAGGAAGGCAUUCAGUUCGACCUACGGCGGCGGAACUUUGUGGCAGACAUGGUGCGAAGGGGCGCCACGGUCCACUUCGACAUCCGCCACGUGUCCGGGGGGCGCACCGGCGCGGUAGCUUCCAGGGCGCUCUCCGCGCGUUCCACGGUGCUGAGAGUGCCCUCCACACAGGUCUUCUCGCUGAAAAGCGUUCACUCUGCGGUUAUGGAAGCUUCCAGGCACAAUAGCUGCGACGCGCAUGCGGUCUUGGGCCUUGGCUUGGCGCUGGAAAGGGUCAACCCGAAUUCCGUCUUGGCAGACUGGAUCAAGCUCCUGCCGCUCACUUUUGCCAAUGUGCUUUGGUUUUCCGAGAGGCAGUUGGAGCUGGUGAAGAGGACCUUCUUCUCCUACAUUGUGCAGAACUGGUUCGAGGAUCUGGAUUGCAUGGGCCGGGCGGUGCGGGAGAUGAAUCCCAACCUCUGGCGUGGCCGCGCGGUGACCAAAGAGGACCUGCGGUGGGCCCUGAGCGUGGUGAAGACUCGCGGCUUCGCCUUUGAGGGCACACGGGAGAGCACCAUGCUGAUUCCCCUGGCCGACUUCCUGAAUCACAACAUGGUAGCCAGCGUCAGAACUGCAACACUGGCAGAGGACGCGCUGCGCUUCGUGGCUACGAAGGAUGUGAUGCCCGGAGAUGUCGGGGGCCCAGUUGGCCCGCACCGAGCGGCCCACUGCCACACGGGCUUGGUUGUGGCUGGCAUGUCAGAGAUGAAGACGGGAAACGUUGACUUCUGGGGCGUGAAGCGGAAGAGGACGAAAGUGUUCGAGGAGCCCACAGAUGCUGCGGGCUGGGCCAGUCGAGCCUUCCGAGCCUAUCAGAGUAGCAGCAAGGCGGUGCGUGAGGCAAAGCUGCAGCAGGCUGAAGCUGAGAAACACGCCGAGAAGCAGGCCGAGGCCGCCAUGCUGCAGUCGCGCGUCAAUGCGGUCGCCUAUGCCGUGAAGAGCCCCUCCGUGCUGCCCUAUGUGAAGUUCUGCGGCCAGCUGGCGAAGCGGCUCAAAGCCCUGAGGGCCUCUGAUGCGGAUGGCUCCGCCAACCUGGAGAUGCGGAGGUUCUGCGCGGGCCUGGAGAACUUCCUGGACGCGUCGGCGCGCCGCCCUGAGACGCUGGCCACCCGGGCCGGGCUGCGGCUCUACGACGUGCCGCCCUUGGAAUAUCCCGCGAAGCCUCAGUGGAUGCCGUCGGUGCCUUCGUUUCACGUCCCCGCCGGCCUGAGCGGUGCAGCUGCGGCCAAGCUGGCGCAGGUCAAGCAGCUGGGGAUGCCCGAGAGCUUGCUGAUGUGGCAACGUGCUGAGCCGUGGAGAGUGUCCAGUUGCAAGCGCCGCACGCGAAGUGCCGCAUUCUUCUGA